GUCAUGCUUGCCCACACCCUCUCAGAAUGCAGCAUGGGGGAAAGAAUGUAACACAAUUAAGGAACUGUAGCCAGGCAGAGUGUCUUUAUCGCCAAACAGUCGUCGUUUUCGGAUGAUUGAACUUAAGUGAUGCUCAAACGAUGCCUAUAGUGGACAAGCUCAAGGAGGCCCUGAAGCCCGGCCGGAAGGACUCCUCGGCGGGCGACGAUAGCGACCUCAAUAAGCUGCUGGCCUCCUCGGCCAAGAAGGUCCUGCUGCAGAAGAUUGAGUUUGAGCCGGCCAGCAAAGGCUUCUCCUAUCAGCUGGACAGUCUCAAGACCAAAUAUGUGAUCCUCAACCCCCGCGGCAGUGAGGGGGCCACGUCGGGUCAGAGGGCCAGCACAGAGCCCGCUCAGAUCAAGAGGCAAGUUUCAGACAACCAGUGUGGGGGCCAGAGUGAUGGUAUCCCCGCCCCGCAGAAGAUGCUCUUCCCUGGGAACAGACUCUCCAUGCGCUGGGAGCGUGUCUACCGGGUGGGAGCCGGCCUCCACAACCUGGGCAACACCUGCUUCCUUAACUCCACUGUGCAGUGUCUCACCUACACACCGCCCCUGGCAAACUAUCUCCUCUCCAAGGAGCACAGUCGUGCCUGUCACCAGUCGGGUUUCUGUAUGAUUUGUAUAAUGCAGAACCACAUCAUCCAAGCCUUUGCCAACACAGGAAAUGCCAUCAAGCCUGUCUCCUUCAUCCGAGACCUAAAAAAAAUUGCCAGGCACUUUCGGUUCGGUAGCCAGGAAGACGCCCAUGAAUUCUUACGCUACACCAUCGAUGCCAUGCAGAAAGCCUGUCUGAACAGCUACCCCAAGUUAGACCGGACGACACAGGCCACCACAUUGGUCCACCAGAUAUUUGGCGGUUACCUCAGGUCGCGAGUUAAGUGUUCCAUUUGCAAAAGUGUGUCAGACACUUACGACCCUUACUUGGACAUUGCUGUGGAGAUUCGACAAGCAGCAAAUAUCGUCCGAGCCCUGGAGCUCUUUGUCAAGCCCGACGUGUUGAGUGGAGAGAACGCCUACAUGUGUGCCAAGUGUAAGAAGAAAGUUCCGGCAACAAAGCGAUUCACAGUCCACCGAACAUCCAAUGUUCUGACCCUGUCUCUCAAGAGGUUUGCCAACUUCAGUGGAGGAAAAAUCACCAAGGACGUUGGCUACCCAGAGUUCCUGAACAUCCGCCCCUACAUGUCUCAGAGCACAGGGGACCCGGUCAUGUAUGGCCUCUAUGCUGUCCUGGUGCAUUCUGGGUACAGCUGUCAUGCUGGCCACUACUACUGCUAUGUCAAGGCCAGCAACGGGCAAUGGUACCAGAUGAAUGACUCAAUGGUCCAUUCCAGUAACAUCAAAGUAGUCCUGAAUCAGCAAGCCUACGUUCUAUUCUACCUGAGGAUCCCAGAGACCAAGAAGAACGUGGAUGGCCAGAUCACCAAGCAGGGAAUGGGGAAGAACGUAGCGACGUCAGAGCAGUUCAGGAAGACCAACCUCAACAGACCCCUGUCCUCUCCGCAGGUCACCAAGGUAUGGGACAGGCUGGCAGAACGGUCCGUCAUCAGAAUGUUUGAAAGCAAUACGAAACUGGACCCUUUCCAGCUGCGUAAGAUUCAGUCCGUAGAGGGCGGCCUGGGCAUACCUGUGUCUAGGAACGGCGCCAACAUCUCCCAGCAGCCCAACAAGAUGUCCAACGGGACGUCGUCCUCCUCCCACGCACCCACCAGGAUACCCAGUGGACCCAUGCUGAUCGAGGAGCCCUUCAAGAAGCUGAAGAAGCCCUGUCCUCCUCAGCAGCCCCAGGCGCGCAGCAGCACCCCCGCCCCCUCCAACGGUGUGGCCGGCAGGUCGGACGGCGGAGACCGGAGGCACGGGAACCAAGGGGCCAGGGGCCUGGCCGCAUCUACCUCACUCAAGUCCCUGUCAGACUCCUCCUCGGCAGACACCUCCGACUCAAAGGAUUCCAUGGGUACCAAAAGUGCGCCGGUUGGUGGGACGUCCACCCCCCCUAGGAAUGUCUCGAACGGCAUGGCCUCCCCUGCCAAGAGUGUGGAACGCGUGGGCACGGAGGAGCAGAAGACAGUCAAGCUAAAACCCCUGGCCCUCAACAACAUCACAUCUUCACCCACCGGCACCACGUCUCCCCCACCCGCCAAGAAAUUGGCCCUGUCGGCCAAGAAGGCCAGUCGCAGCCGGAGUCCGAGCAGCACUGAGGCUCAACACCCCCACCUGCCACGUCAUCCGUCCAGUGACCGCACGCAUCCUGCUCAACUUAACCUCACCUUCACCUCACCCACUCACAGUCACAGGGUUGGUCCAUUCCAUUCACCCAAACUGCAAUCUCCACCUGCAGCCCACCAUGUCCACUCAGGCAUCCCAUCUAAGCGUCAGAGUCCCCAGAAAUCAAACUCCACCCUCUCUCCAAAAACCAAUGGGCUUCAGCCCCACCUUCCAAAGAUCCCUAAACCUACCGAGACCCCCAGUCUGUCAGAGCCUGGCCCAAGCAGUUCCGCCACCCCCUUAAAGAAGAAAAAUAAGAAACGGCGUCACUCUGAGAUGGAAGGCGGAGAGCGAGAGCCAGCACUGGCCUACGUCAUCCCAGACAUCCCCGCUGAGCCUGAACUGAUCGAACCGGCCAGUGAGAGGAAGAGGAGGAAAAGGAGAAAGAAGAGGAAGAGGGAGGAAGAGGAUGGAGAUGCAGCCGAGAACCACAGGGAAAGGGUUCAGUCUCAUCUGGAGGCUUCACCGCCGGCCCAAGAGGAGGACUGGUGUCAGGGGGGAUCAUGGAGACUCAGUCCCCCUGACCAAAGAGCGCUGGAACAACCAAAGCAGCCCCAUCCCCAGCCUAAGAGUAAGCUCCAGUUGGUUCCAGUGGUUCUCCAGUGUGAUGCGAAUCAAGGAGAGCAGAGUAUGGACACUGUGACGAUGAUGAAGAGGAGGAGGAGGAAGAAGAAAAGGAGAUUGGAGGAGGGACCGGAGGAAGCAACAUUAACACGUUCUGUUUCAGAAAGCAGUUCUGGGACGAAGGACACGGUUGUUGAAAACGGCGCUGGGGAUUCUACCGCCCCAAAGAAGUUAAAGAAGCGCAGGCUAAAAGAAGAGGUGAAACAGUGGGAGGAAAGCAGACGUUGUUGCUCCGGCGACCAGAGGAGCGACACUGAAGCAGCGGAGGCCCUUCCCAAGAAGGGCACCGUGGAGAGCACCGCUGGAGUGAUCGUGUGGGACAGCCAGGUUAAGGAUGGCUACAAGCGCUCCAAGGCCCCCGCUGCAGAAGCAGUAGAGGGUGGUCCUGGGGAUGUCCCCCACCCAGCCCCCAUGGUCUGGGAUGGCAAGAGGAGUGGUGGAGUGGUUGAGGAGCUCCUGAAGAACUCUUUGGACAAAGCCUAUGGAACCCAAGUCCUCAGCUGGGAGGGAGAGGCAUCUGCCAUCAGUAGGGAUGCCAUUGACGACACCCGUGAUGCCAGAACCGACAUGGUGAUUGACGAGUGGGAUGAGGACUUUGACAGUGGAAAGGUGAAGAAAAUGAAAAAGUACAAGCGAGAGAAGAGGAGGAGCGGCAAUAUCUUCCAGAAGAUCCAAGACCGGCGGAGUAUGUGGUCGGUCACACCCGGCGCCAAGAAGACCGGCUUUGGAUACCGUCACUGAGAGCCAACCAGAAUGGAUGUUUGGAUACAGUCACUGAGAGCCGACCAGAAUGGAUGUUUGGAUACCGUCACUGAGAGCCAAACAGAAUGGAUGUUUGGAUACAGUCACUGAGAGCCAACCAGAAUGGAUGUUUGGAUACAGUCACUGAGAGCCAACCAGAAUGGAUGUUUGGAUACAGUCACUGAGAGCCAACCAGAAUGGAUGUUUGGAUACAGUCACUGAGAGCCAACCAGAAUGGAUGUUUGGAUACAGUCACUGAGAGCCAACCAGAAUGGAUGUUUGGAUACAGUCACUGAGAGCCAACCAGAAUGGAUGUUUGGAUAUAGUCACUGAGAGCCAACCAGAAUGGAUGUUUGGAUACAGUCACUGAGAGCCUUCCAGAAUGGAUGUUUGGCCACAUACAGUACAACCGAACUGGAGUGACGACACGUGACACCACUGUAACAACGUGACUAUUUUUUUAAUUGCUUGGUGGUUCAUACCCUGAUUGCAAUACGAGAGACCAUGGCCAGUUAACAGAACAACACAUCUUUGAUCUGUGCUGGUCUCUUCACUAUAGAACUUACCGCAAGUCUUCCUAUGAUGACCGAGUCUGGUGAGCUGACCAACAUGGGCUGUGAUGUUACCACUGUCAACCAGGGUUCAGCAACAAUGAGUUGACCAUUGCUUCUACACCGUUGUCUCAGAUGGAUAUGAAAAUAUUGUUCAGUCAAUGGUGCUCAAGCUGCUCAUGAAUAUGAUGGAUUUACCGUACUGUGAUGAGCUUCCAUCUGUGGUAAUAACAUGACACGAUGUUAUGUUAGGAAUUCAGAACAAGUCAUGUCAGGAAUUCUCAUAUUUACAUGGUUGGGCUACUCUAGGAGACGGUUCUGGGGUUUUCUAGCCGGUAUCAAAGGAUGUGGCAUGCACCAUAUAGCAUUUAUCUGUGUGAAAGGCUGAGGUGAGAGAUUUUGUAUAAUGUAUGCUAGAUAACCCUUACCCAUCAGCUAAAUGUAUUGAAACCUAUGAGGGAGACACUUGGGUUGUGUUCAGGUGGGCGAAACGUGCAGAACUUUGAAUUAUAGUAAUGUAAUGUAUAGAGCUGAAAUGAUUUCCUAUAGAAAAUCAUUGUGUUCUACACAAUCUAUUUCUCUGAACAUUCUAAAAUGUUGCAACCAGAGAUUUAGUGUAAAAAAUAAAAAAAAUUGGUUGGUUGGUUGGUAAACGUUGAUCGCCGUUCUUGCUGAGUAAAGCAACACUCCCUAUACGUUCAAUGCAUUUUCCCACAAAUGGUGGGUAAACUCUUGGGCAAAAUACAAAAACAUGCGUAAAUGACAUUUCUGUGCGUUUAUCCUCUACUACACCACUGGUUACAACCGCUGUGCUGACUGCUGACUGGGCGAUCUGCAGGACAGUUGGCCAAUAGAGGUGAACACUGUUCUCCUGACUCAUAUGGCCUAUUCUGUAUGUGAAGACAUGUGGUGACCAUCUCGCGCUGAUCACCAUCAGCACAAUCACCAAGUCACCUUUAAAAGAUCCCAAACAUGAACAGGACCACAGAUGGUGAAGCCAUCAUAACUGAUAUGCUUUAUUCCCAUCCUCUCUUUUAGUUUGGGAAUGAUUGAUACUUUUAUGGUUUUAUGGUUUCUUAUUCUGUGUGAUUUCUUUGCCACAAUGCCUUCUUGGUAUGUUCUACAUGACUUGAUAAAACUGACCCACUGUGGCUGCUGCUGACACAUUUACAUAUUCUGAUUCUACUGUUAUUUUAUGAAUUGUUAUGAAUUUGGAGGGGAAACAGUCACACGCCUGUUCCACGCAGACAACAGGCCUCCAUCUUUAAUCUAAUUGAUUAUUGUAUGCGUGAUGGUGGUAUUUGAAGUUUCCUACAUCAGAAUAUUCAGUACUGCGUCCCUAACAGAUUUGUUUUUGUUUCCUUUCCUGGGUGAAUUUGACGGUUCUGAAGAUGAUGUAAUUUGGUAGAUGUGUCAGAAUAGAAAAUGUCAUGGUCGAUUAACACCAAGUGAUGCUGGAAUAUGAAUUGCCCCAACAUCAGCUAAUUGCAAAGUUCAUAGGCGGAUGUCUCUACCCCCAGGUCAAGUCGGGGACUGUAACGAUAACAUCAAGGCUUUGCCUGUUUGUAACACCACAUAAUCCACCUUUUAAUGGAUUAGGCAUAUCAUUGUUUCAUCUGCUUUCUAAUCCAUUUGCUCUCCUUUCUGGUAAAUAGUCCCAUUCUGUUUUGCAAAAGAGGGUAUGAGUGAUUCUGGGGUGGGUGGGUUGAAUUGGGAACUUUUUUCAACCCUAGACAUCUACAGUAGGUCUACAGUAGUGGAGCUUAUUGCUCAUCUCUUCUGCGUGUCAAUCCCAAAAUGUCAAGUCCUUGGUCCCUGGUCUCUAACUAAACGUUGUGUUGGUGACCAUCAUUUAGUAAUGCUCCAUCACCAGGUCCCUGGUCUCUGUUGGUGACCAUCGUUUAGUAAUGCUCCAUCACCAGGUCCCUGGUCUCUGUUGGUGACCAUCGUUUAGUAAUGCUCCAUCACCAGGUCCCUGGUCUCUGUGUUGGUGACCAUUGUUUAGUAAUGCUCCAUCACCAGGUCCCUUGGUCUCUGUGUUGGUGACCAUUGUUUAGUAAUGCUCCAUCACCAGUGAACUUCAGCUUUGUUGUGCAUCAUGUGUUUUCUGAAUGAAUUUUGGGCCUCAAACAGUUCUUUCUUUGUGUGUUCUAUCCCAGAUAAAGAGUUGCAUUUAGGCUGGUCCCAGAUCUGUUUGUGUGGUUUGGCCAACACCUAUGGCCAUUGUAAAUGUUGGAAAUACAGCACAGACAUCUGGGGCCAGGCUAGAGUACGUACGUUGCCCCAGGCACUGUUAGUUUGAAGUUGAUGUAUAUGCUAUUAGUACAUGAUCAUUGUCCCAAUCUUUACGCUCUCUAUGCAAAUCACCCACAGACAGUCCAACUAACUGGUAAUCGGGAACCUGAUGUACCCAGCCAUCCCCCAACCUUACAACCCUCAUGUUCAACCAACCUUCUAGCCAAGUCCACAUUUUAUUACACACCCCCACCAUUUUUAUCCUGUUUUCUACCAGUAUAUUUGGGGGGAGGGGGGUGAAAACAUGGGAUCUUCCACGUUAUCUGGGCACUGAUUUUGAUAAAUAGAUUAUAAAUGAUAGUCAUUAAACAAAAGCGUUUGGCCAGUGUAGAAGAUUGUACAGUCCGCCUGGUGUUUCCCAUGCUUUCCCCGUCAUCCCUGCGUAGACUCAGCCUUUACAAACCAUCCGGAUCUGAUCGGCUACACGGAAACAGAAUGCAAGCUUGUGAGAUCAGGAUGAUUCGUACGAGGCUAGUGUAGUUCUAGCCACCCAUUUGACUUUCAUUCUAGAGAUGUCGGCUUAAACAGUAGAGUUAAUUGAUAAUGUUAAAUAAUUUAAAGAAACUUUUCACAAAUCUUUAAUGUGUUAUAAAAAAAAUACAGAUGAAAUCUGUAUUUGGAUUGGUGGGGGAUUGUGAGACUUUAAAUAAUUUCUUGCAGAUGGAUGUUCGUGUUUCAUACGAUGACACCUUGUUACUGUAGUGUCAUACAGUACGAGAGCGGUGUCAUCACCAGUUCCAUUGAAUGUGUUUAAUGUUGACUGUGAAAUGAGCUUUAGGACAUGUUCGAAUGUCAAGGAAACUGACACCAGGACAUUAUACUGGUGUGACUGAUCCAUUAUACUGGUGUGACUGAUCUGCGUCAUGUUUGCAUUGAUGGUUCUAUAUUUUGCACCGCCUUUUCAGACCAAGGAGAGACAUUUCAUAAUGAAAAGUGACUCUUACCAAAAUGGAUCAUGUAAUUAGCUAUACAGGUGCAAUAAAGUUGUGACUUUGUGAA